AUGGCGGAAGCGGCAAGGCUUUACAUAGAGUGCUCGAGGAUCCCGCAUCUCGCACUCUCCAUAUCCGCGAAGCGCGCAGCUGCUCGCUCAACGUCAACAGCAUGUCUCAAUCGCCAGCGUCUUCUCUCGUGUUCAGUCGGGCGAUCAUCCGCACUGUCAACGCCUCGACAAGCUGUGAGAACUACUGCCUACAGCUCCUCCUUCCACCUUCGCUCGCGCAGACAUGCCUCCACGACGAAGCAGACCGUCCCAAACCCUAACAUCCCUCGACCUCUUGGACAGUCGCAACCGCAACAUAAGCCCAGACCGACCCUCCUCGACCGCGCCACCGCCCAAGACGCCCUCGACCACCUCGCCGCGAAGAAUCGGAGGCAGCGCAUCCACAUGUCCUCCAACACCUACUUCUGGAUCACUUCCUUGUUUGGCUUCCUCCUCUCCACCUACGUCGCCUACACGUACAUGUCCUACACGCGCUCCGUCAAGGAGUAUGAGAAUCGAGACGAUCUCCCCCAAAACGCCGACGUCUCUUCCCGAUGGAUGGAUCUCUCGAGGAACUUUGACGACGAGGUCGAGUUGUCAGAGAAGCUCAUGUUUUUGAGGAGCAAGAGGGAGAAGUUGUGCAGAGAAGCUCGGGGGAACGUGCUGGAGGUGAGUGCCGGCACGGGAAGGAACAUGGGGCUCUAUCGCUUAGAUCCUCUCGUCACGCCUGAAGACAAAAGAGUGGAAAGCUUGGUGUUCAACGAUUUGAGUGAGAUCAUGCUCUACCAGGCACAGAAGAAGUUUGAGGAGUCGCAGGAGAAGGUCAAGGACAAGAGACGGUUUCCAGGGCCUGUGCAAUUCGUCGUCGGGGACGCAGGCGACAAGAACCUUAUCAAGAGGCCAGAAGGUGGGUUCGAUACAAUCAUUCAAACUAUGGGUGUGUGCAGUGAGACCAACCCUGUCGCAUUUUUGAGGCAGCUGGGCGAAUUGUGCAGGCAGCCAGGGGAGAAGAGCUCGGGUGUCGACAUGAAGAUCAUCGAAAAAGAAUCUCAGCAACGUCUUGAGGAUAUCACAAAAAGGAAAGACCGUGGUGUCUCGGAGCUAGACCCAGAGCAGAAAAGGCAGCAGGAAGAAGAUGCACUUGUUGCAGAGUACGGAGGAGACUUGGGCGGCAAGAUCCUCCUUCUCGAACAUGGCCGGUCGUACCUUGGCUUCAUCAAUCGGGUGCUGGACAAUGGUGCAAAAAUGCAUGCUGACCACUAUGGAUGCUGGUGGAAUAAAGACAUUGAGCAAAUUGUAAAGGAUAGCGGGUUGAUCGUAGAGCGAAAGAGGAGAUACCACUUUGGGACGACGUAUGAAUAUGUUCUCAGGCCGAGACCGAAAUCUAGAAGUGGAGAUGAGAAGACGGAGAAGACAUGGGAGAAGGUCAAGGGUGGAAAGAAUGCUGUCGUAGAUCUGAGUCAAGGUGUGCAAGUCAAAGGAUGGACGGGAGGAUGGUUUGGCAGGAAUUGA